AUGAUUCAUAACGAAAACCAAUAUUUACUAGUGCGUCAACAACUACUUACUCAACCUACCACCAGUGAACAUGCUCAAGCAUCAAGAAUAGCUAGUCAUAUGGAUCGUAAUAAUCGCACAUCAACCACGGAUCCAUUAAUACAACCGAAAUUACUAAAAGCACAACAGAAGAAAAAUUUAUCAGCUGUUAUACUUAUUCAUUACACUCAUGAACAACGUUUCGCAUACUACAAAUCAAAAAUACAUCAGACAUGGGACAAUAUAUUUCUACAUACAUCAGUGUUGGAUAGUCAACUGACAGUUGGAACUCGAAACAGACCUAACCUCACCAAAGAACUAGUUCGCCGGUGUCCAUACCAACCCAAAACAAAACUAAUCUCAAAACAAUUACAAUCAACAUUAAUAAACUAA